AUGCACAUCAUAUGCCGAAGAGGUAUCUAUCUUUCUAUAAAAUCUUUUUUUCAUUGGACACUUCUAUUCGAAAGUGCUUUCUACUUUCUCAUCCUGUGGACUCCUCUCAAUAUCAUAUGCUCACAAUUACAUUCUAGGAGAAGGCAUAGUUCCUUAAAAAACGGCGUCAGAAAUUCCUCUCCAACACAUUUGUUCGCUUUGGUAGGAGUUUCUUUUGCUAGAAUUAUACCAGAACUCUCGGCAAAUCAUAUUUUUAUGGCCUCCUUUCUGAGCUGGUUAGUGGCUCAGGUGGCUAAGUUAUUCACGAAUUGCUAUAGGAAAGGUAGAUGGGAACUUAAAGUUAUGUUUGAUAGUGGAGGAAUGCCCUCAUCACACACAAGUCUGGUUUUUAGUCUUACAACUGCUAUUGCUCUUCAAUAUGGUCUUGGUAGUCCCCUUUUCCCACUUUCUCUUGCAUUCAGCCUUAUUGUAGCUUAUGAUGCUGCAGGUGUACGUAGACAUGCAGGUAAGCAGGCAGAAGUUUUGAAUCGUAUUUUGGCGGACGUUUUUCAUGGUUCGCCUAUAAGUGAUACAAAACUGAAGGAAGUGCUUGGACACUCUCCUCUACAAGUCACGUGUGGUGCAGUAGUAGGAAUUUUAGUCGGGAGCUUUUAUAUGCUCCGCUUUGCCUGA